AUGCAACGGGCUUGGAAAGCGGCCGAUUCGUUUUGCGAAUUUGGGGGAAGUCGUCUGCUUCGCAUUAAGCUUGUCAUCAACCGCCGCAUGAUCAAUGUGAUCUCCGUGUAUGCCCCCACCUUUAAUUCGGAAGAGCAUGUCAAAGACCGCUUCUAUACCGAGUUAACUCGUAUGCUUCGCACUAUCCCUGCCGCUGAAGAAGUGUUUGUGUUAGGAGACUUUAAUGCCAGGGUGGGACGUCCCGCUGCGUCGGACCUGCACGGUCAGACGGAUGAAGGUUUCCUCAAUGAAAAUCUUAUUGUUGGCCCUUAUAGCUUGCAUCACACGAACUCGAAUGGCGAGCGCCUCCUGGCCUUAUGUGAAAGUGCACCGGUCGGUAAGCUUCGUGUCAUGAGUACCUUUUUCCCGCAUAAGCACUAUGGAACCUGGUUUCAUAACAAAUCUCGCUGUUGGUUUCAGAUUGAUCACAUGCUAGCUGCCCGCCGCUCCGCCCGCUGUGUUAUGGAUGUUUGUGUCAAGCCAGGUAUUGUUUUCAACACUGACCACCGUUGCGUCAAGGUUAAGCUACGUUUUGCUCCCCCGUUUUAUCGUGGACGCCCCUCUCGGCCCCUGUGCCGUCCCGCGGAAACUGCUAAGCUGCCUGCCCUUGCGGUUCACAGGCUGUCAGAUGCACCGGUUGCUGAUGCUGUUAACUCCUGUCUGGCUGAUUUCCUUGAAGAUGACUUGCUUGAUGAGUAUGGGACAUGGGCUCAUGCCCUGCGUCAGGCCGCGGAACAGUUUGUUGGCCUUCGUCUGGCGCCGGCUGGUCCACAAUGGAAGCUCGAUCAUGCUGCGGACCUCGCCUCUAUCAGUCGCAAACGGCAGGCCGCUUUUGCCGCUUGGAAGCAGGGUGGCUCCAAGGCCGAGUUCCGUGCUGUGUGCGCCACCUGUAAACGGGAAGUUGCGGCCGUGCUAAACACCUGGUGGGCCAAUAAAGCGGGUUCCAUUCAAGCUCUUGUCGAUGCCAAGGAACCGCAAUCUCAAUUCGCUGGGUUCCGGGAAUUACGGUCAGUGCUUGCGUCUGGUCAUCGUCCGAUCCCCAAGCUCCGUGAUUCGGCUGGGGACUGGGUUCACACCAAAUCAGGGCGUCUCGCUCGUUGGAGUGCGUACUUCGCUGACCUGCUCAAUGUUCCUGCCUCGGUGACUCCGGAGUUUGUGGCCGGCCUUGCUGUUCUGCCUCCUGAUGCCAGCCUUGGUGCUGUUCCUACCUUCGUGGAGACUGUGGCCGCAGUGCGCCGUCUGAAACCGCGUAAGGCUUGUGGUCCUGAUGGCCUGCCGGGGGACGUCCUUCGUCGGCUCUCGCUCCCUAACCUGCGUGUUUUCCAUGAGCAUUUGGUCCAGGUUGCCUCGGAGGGCUCUCUCUCCGGCUCCUUCAAUUUGGAAACCGGUUUAGAUCGUGCUGUGGACAAGUAUUGGGCCAAGCGCCCAGCCCUUGAAGCUGAUGCCAUGUCGGGCCGUCGUUCGUCUCGUCGUGAUGGUGAUGGCGGCAGUGGUCGGGUUUCCCGUGAGGAUCUUGACCGCUUGUCCGGCCGGGUGGACCGACUCCACGACCUGGUUGACUCCACCGGUCGUUUGGCUCUCCAGACCGCACACAGACGCCCUUCUGUGCGCCCUACUCCGUGGAAGGUGCAGGUGUCGGAGCAGUUCUUGGCGUACAUCAUGGCCGGAGCCCGGGAUGUGGCAGAUUUGGGGCAGCACGCUGAAGGUCUCAUACCCCUAUCUACCAUGGUGGAAGCCAUCUCACAUGGUGAACCCAAUGAUUCGGAUCCGUGGCCGAUCAUUGUCACCUUUCGCAACAGCGAGCAGGCGGUUGGUCUACGUGAAGCCCUUCUCCACGAAAGAUGGCGCGUGCUCCAGGGGCGGGACAAGGAGCUCGGCUGGCGUCCAGCACGCCAUAUGGCCAGUGGACCAGCCCGGGCGGUUUUGCAAGGCCUGGGCCUCGAAGCCAAGGGUGGCGGUAAAGGAAAACGCCGAUCACCGAAGCGGGAAGGAAGUGCAGCACCCCGAGCCGAGCCCGCUCGCCGUGCGCGCACGUGA